CCGGAGCCCACCGACGUCCUCUCCUUCCCCUUCCACCGCGUGUCAGCGGGGGAGCUGCCGCGGCCGCGCUGCCGUGAGGAGUACAACUUAGGGGACAUCUUUCUUGGGGUGGAGUACAUCCACCAGCAGUGUCGCGACACCGGGGAGGACUUCGACGGCGUCCUGCUGGUGACAGCAGCCCACGGACUGUGCCAUUUGCUUGGCUACCAGCACAACACAAAAUACGAGUGGGAACAGAUGUACCAGAAGGAGUUGGAGAUCCUUGAGGAGCUGAACCGUCUCACCG